AAUCCCAUCCACCUCUCUCGUGACUGGCCAUCGCCCCCGAUACGACCCACGAAACCAUGGCAGCUGCAAGCAUAUUUCGCAAGAGCGCUGAUGAGUGCAUCCCUCACCUUCGCUUAUUGCUUAGUUCGUCUAGGCGGAGGGGUCUUCCCCCGUCACUGAUCAAUUGGCAGACUUGUGGUGGGUGGCUUUUCCUUCAUUGCUCUAUUUAUUCGUCGAGGAACCGGAUUGAGCGAGUGUGAGCUGAUAUUUCUUUGCGUAAAUUUACAGGGCCGAUAAUUGACAAGCUAAACCUGCUCAGCUACAAAGAGCCCACGAUAAUAGACAUGAAUCCGGGUCCCGGAAUCUUCUCGGCAGCACUGCAUGAACGAUUGCAACCGAAACAGCACAUAUUGCUGGAGCCCAUAGAGAUAUACGGAGAAGGGAUGAGGGAAUUUCAAAAAACGUACAAAAACUCCUGGUAUAUCCCGCUGGACGGCUAUGACUGGAAUACCUACAACCAAUUAUUCUCCGACAAGCCGCCGCCACCCCCUUGGCCGGACGGUUUUCCCACACCAAAUAUCCAAACCGCGGCUUCUGGGGACAUUAAUUCCGAGUUACUGUUCGUCGGGAACAUGGGUAAAUCGGUGAAGAGCGAGAGAUUGAUAGCUCAAUUCGUCAGUUGCUGUGCUUUGGGAAGUUGGGUUCAACGGUAUGGACGCGUGCGCUUUCUACUAUGGGUGCCCGACUCGAUCAGGGAUAAAUACCUACCCCGGAGCAUAGCAGCGAGAGCAAGACCCGCUGCGACGGCAGAGGCAAUAGUUGACAUCACUGAGAUCGCAACAUCAAACUUGAUCCGCCAAGGGAGGGGCUUCCAGAAACUUCCGACGAUAAACCUGGAUAACGUUGAUGUGGAAGAAAAUAAGCCCAUUAUAAGCAAGCGGCAGGAGACAAAGUUGGUGGUUAGGGAGAAGUUGGUGGAAGCUGAAAUUAAAAGAUUAGUAAAGGAAGAGAUGAAAUUGCCAAAAAAGGGCCGCGGCCGUCCAACAAAACAGUCCGCCAAGGAGCGGGAAGAACUGAAGAAGACAAUAGCCAGGGUCCGCAAGGCCGUUGAAGCAAUCCGCGACGGGAAGAAACCGAAGCCACUAGCGAAUCUCUCACCCGAGGAACACGGGAGGCUACUCGAGAGAUACGACGAAAUCCGGAGAGCGUUCGGAUAUAAAACAAGCGCAGAGAUAGCAGCCGAGGAGAAAGAGCGCAAGCAAAAACGGAGGUUGCCGAAGAGCCCUGGCCGCCCACGAAAACUCCCCCAACGCAGUGAUCCCGCAACGACAGCAGAAUUAACAGCGAUCGAGGACAAGAUAAGGGAUAGCCCGGGGCUCUGGGUCCAGGGUAUGGAACACCCGCCCUGGUACUACAUGAGCAAUAAGAAGGCACUUCGAAAUCUUGCCACCAGCAUAGCUACCACCCACCCUGCCCUCCGCGUUGAUCCGCGCGUAGCGCUUCAGCCAGAGAAUAUUCACGCCAUCACCACGGAGGCAGCCGGCGCGGGCGAUAAAGGAGGGGGAAGCGCGGCCCGGGCAUGGGAGGAAUACGACGAGCAAUGGUCUCGCAGAAACGAAGUUAGAUCUCGAGCGCAAGGGCGAGAAGACGAAAUUUACGCUGUCCACAACAAACUUUUGAAUGCCUAUAAUCGGCCAUUCGAACCUUUCACUAUCAACCCCGCAGAAGAUUUUUACCCACACGUACUACCCCCCUCCCCCUUCCACCCACUCUAUUACGCUGGCUAACUUUUAUCCAGACGCCGAUGACCCUCCUAGAAAUUACCCCCAAAGUCCCCCACCCCUUCUUCUCCCCGUCCUCCCUGCGCGAGCGCGAGGAUAACUGGCUAACAUUUGAAUGGCUCGUACGUCACUUAUUCGUCCUCCGCGCUAGCGGCGUCAUCAGCGCGCUUCGCAGUCUCGCUCCGGGCGCGGAGAACAUACUAGCGGACCUGCCCCCCCACCAGCAAAUCCCGCCAAGCAGGAGGGUGAGGUGCCUGGGGACGGACGAUCUGGUGAACCUCACGAUGGCGUGGAAGAGGUGGCCGUUUAAGGACCCCAGCACCCGGUUUCAGCAGCAUAUCGUGAGGGAUCCCAGGGUGACCAAGGCUCCACACACUUGA